AUGUCGUUAUCUUCUUGGAGAUCUUUCCAAUUCUUUGAAAACCUUCCAAUAAGGGACCCUUUAACUGGUACCGAUACCCCAUUAUAUUCGGACCAAACAUUAUCUGCAGUUGCACCACUUGAUAGAGAUAAGCUAGUAAUUGGGAUACAAUCUAAUAUCGUUAAGGUGAUUGGUAUUAGACAUUCUGAAAAUCUCCAUGAGUUUAAAGUUUUUGAUUCUGAGCAUCAUAUCACAUAUCUAAAGGUAAUUGAUUCAUUUUUAUUAGUCGUUGGUGAAUGCAGUGGUUUGCCAGCUCAAUUAAAGAUAUAUAAGCUAGAGAAUAUAUUAAAUCAUAAAUACUCUUCUUAUCAUUCAUUAAUUGAAGUGAAAAAUGGGAAUAAUGCACACCCAAUUUCUGUUAUAUCCGUUUCUUCAGAUUUGAAUUGUAUAGCCGUUGGGUUCACAGAUGGUAGAAUUUUAUUGAUUAGAGGUGAUAUAGCAAGAGAUAGAGGCUCUAGACAAAGAGUAAUUUAUGAAGAUAGUUUAAAAGAACCAAUAACUUCGAUUUUUUUAAAUUCAGACACCACUUUUUGUUAUGCAUCUACAACUUCUAAAGUUAUGCUUUUCAAUACGUCUGGGAGAAAUAAUGGAAACCCUGAUUUAUUAUUGAACUCAAAGGAAGGUGUAGAUUUAUAUUGUUCCUAUUAUUCGAAGUAUUCAAAUGAAUUUAUAUGCUGUUUCAAAGAUUCGAUCGAAUUUUACAAAGAAACUGGAGAAAAACACUCUUUGGUUAUAAACGAACCAUCAAUUAAACGCGUGUUUCCCAUCAAUGAGAAUAAUUUAAUGAUAGUGACUGAAGCAGAAUCAUCCAAGACUACAACUUUAGAAAUAUCAGGAUAUAUAAAACCAUCGACAAUGAAAGUGAUGAUUUUAGAUUUAACUGACAAAAUAUUAUCCUUUACGUUAUAUAUCCAAUCCACAAUUAUUGAAGUUUUCAAAGUGCCGAAGGUUAGUUCAAUCUUUUUAUUGACCUCUGAUGGUAUUCUUCAUAAAAUUACAAAAAAGAGCAUUAAUGAACAGGUAGAAAUUCUUGUUCAGAAGGAAAUGUUUGAAUUUGCACUACAAUUGGCAAAAGAAAAUCAUUUAUCACCCUUAAGUUUACAACAUAUCCAUAGACAGUAUGGCGACUUUUUAUUCAAUAAAAAAAGACUAAAUGAGGCAACUGAACAGUAUAUUCAAUGUUUAGAUGUUGUUGAAAUGAGCUCAAUAAUUUCAAAAUAUGGUGUAGAGGAGUCGUCAAAUUCUUUAUCAUUAACAAAUCUCAGCGAAUAUCUUUGGUCCCUAAUUAAAGCUGGAAAAGCAAAACCAGAUUAUAUCACUUUAUUAUUGAUCGUAUUAAUUAAAUUAAAAAAUAUUGAUGAAAUUGAAGAUUUCAUAGAAAAUUUUAGUAGGGAAGGAAUAUAUUCUAAAGAUAUAAACGUUCAAAACAUCGAUGACGAAACUUACUUCUAUUCAGAUAAGGUCCUAUUUGACAUAGAUUUAAUAAUUUCUCUAUUGGAGGAUUCAAAAUUUUCAAAUCAAGCAUAUAAAUUAGCACAAAAGUUUACAAAGGAUCCAGUAAAAAUUGCUGACAUAUUAUUAAAUACUUUAAAAGAUCCAUUUACCACUUUGGAGUAUACCAAGAGUCUUUCAAUCGACGAUACUCUAAGAGUACUAGUAGUAUUUUCAAAAGAUCUUUUGAGAUUACUCCCUAAUGACACUAAUGCAUUACUUAUCGAUGUUUUUACAGGUAAAUUUAAGAGAACAAAUACAUUCGAAGAUAAAGUUACAUCUGAGCCUCAACAGAGAGAUGUCUCUGAGGUUUCAAAAGUCUUCUACAGUUAUACAUCUUUCUUAGGUUACAGGUCAAAUACAAAUGAAAAUACACCAAAGCAAAAAAUGGAAGUUGGUAGGUCGACUUAUCAUCCACCUAAACCGUCGUUAAUUUUUAACUCAUUUAUUUCAAGACCAUUUGAAUUUGUUGUUUUCUUAGAGGCCUGUUUGGAUACAUAUCAGAGGUAUGGUGGGUUGGAUGAUGAUAAACAAAUUCUAUUAACUACACUUUAUGAUUUAUACCUAUCUCUGGCUAGACAAGAUGCUGAAGAACGUAGAGAACUAUGGAAGGAAAAGGCAAAAAAUAUAUUAAAUGAAAGUAUGAAACUUACGAAUGUUUCUGAAUCUCAGUCUAGGAGUUCACACAAUAUCGGUCAGCCAAUAGAUAAUUCAUUAAUGAUGUUAAUAUCUCAUAUGAAUAAUAUUGACAUAUUCGAGUUAGAUAAAAAUAACUCUACCGGUACAGAGGUUAUGGAGCAGUUCAACUCAUUGAUUCUAAGCGGAUCUCCAAUAUCUUGUCUGGAAUUUGUAAAAAAUAAUGGCAAAAACAAUGAAGAACUAUGUAGAAAAGCAUUGAGUUAUUUUGUUUCAUCGAGCUUGAUACUUGAAGAUAUCGGAGGUGAAGAAGUAUUGAAAAAGGAAAUACUCGAUCAUGUCACUGAAAAUGAGUUAAUUCCUUUAUUAGAUUUGAUUCAAAUUCUUUCAAAGACAAAUGUAGCGUCGUAUGGAUUAGUACAAAAUUUAUUACUAGAUUAUAUAACAGAGGAAGAGAAUGAAACUUCAAGAAAUAUCAAAUUGAUAGCUUCCUAUGAAAAAGAAUUGGAGGAAAAGAAGGAAAAAUUGAAUUCGCUAAUAAAAUCUAAUGACCCACAACAUAUUAAGAUAAAAAAUGUUAAUUGCUGCAUGUGUGAGGCUGGUCUUGAAUUACCAAUCGUUGUGUUUAAAUGUACCCACAAUUACCAUCAGCGAUGCUUAAAUGAAGAAGAUAAAAAAACAGAUGGCUCGAUUGUUUACAAAUGUCCGAAAUGUAUUGUUGAUCUAGAGUCAUCUGAAAGAUUAGCAAAAUCUCAACAAGAGGUUAAAAAUAACAUUAAAUUGGUAAAGAUGGCAUUGAAUCAAGGACAAGAAGAUAGUUUUAAGGUUGUAACAGAUUUUAUAGGAAGAGGUGGAUUAGAAGACAAAAAAGUUAUUAUUCCAUAA